CAUCACAAUGCACUCCACAUGUCUAAAGCUAAGCUUCUUAGAUUUAGUUUAAGGUCCACUUCCAGAACCAUGGGCUGGUACUUAGGGCGCUCCUUUUUGUGAAACGGCAGAUGCUUGCUCCAGACGCUGAUGAGCGGACCGGGAAUGAGGAUGAUGACUAACAAUGGAAACGUCAAAAGCAAGCCCAGACCGAGCCGGCCAGCAGCUCAGCUCCAAUGAGUCACCGUCCCCCAGCGAGGUUCCCGGCCAGGAAGGAAAAGACAAAGCUGCGCCCGCCAAGAAAGUGGAAACAGAAGAGGAAGAAAUUGACAUUGAUCUGAACGCGCCCGAGACCGAAAAGGCCGCCCUCGCCAUCCAAGGCAAAUUCCGACGCUUCCAGAAACGGAAAAAGGAUCCGACUUCCUGAACAGCCAUGAUGUUAAACCUGCCUUUCCACUUUGCUCUCUCUCUCCUGUUUCCUGCCUCCUUCUGCCAGCCCCGUCCCAAAUACACCUAGCACAGCCUGGCUUCCUAAGUUCCUUCUUAUCCUACCCCUCCUAUGCGGGGCUAGACAAAUUUUCUUGGGUUUUUCUUUUGCACGUACUGUAGCUUAUUCAAAAGCUGGGGAUAGGGUGGGUUUUCAGGGUGGGUAGGGUCUGCCUCCCUCUGUCACUGGGGAGCGGUUAACCAAGGGCUUUCUGAAAGCUCGCAGAUAACAACCCCACACCCACCCCAGACUUCUUCCCAAUAGCCAUGAUAACGCACUGUAGCACUGUCCUUUACAGAUUAACGUCCGCGAGGGAGCAUUGUUUAAGGCAGCAGAGAUGUGCAGAAUGGCUUGGCCUCAGGAGACAGAGGGCACCGCUGCUAGAUUUGCAUUUUAAAACGUUUUCAAAAAUCGCUAGAAAUGUCAGCACUUUAAAAAAAAAAUAACUGGCCUGGCACCCAAAGGUGGCUUUGUGGCUUAAUUUGCACUUCUAGGGUGUGUCAAAGUUUUCGCCUUCUCAGCUCCCCCCAGUAAGGUGCUUUGCUACUCAAUAGGAACUGAAGUAUAAAACCUUUGAGCCUCAGUCUCAGCAGUGUGUAUAUGUGUGUUUUUGUGGAGUGAGUGAGAGAACAGCACAAAUAUUCCCAUAAGAAACAGUAAAUGAGAUGCCGUUCUCUGCACAUUCAACGGAGGCGGGGGGGGGUUCGGAGUAGAAAUGUUGCACUCUGAAAAACCCAAAUGCCAUGAUAGGAAAAGAAAAGAAAAAGUCAGCAAAUAUGCCACCAUUGGGAAAAGACCCACAAGUUUUCAAAGUCCACUAAACGUAUUGUGAAAUCUUCAAAAAUGAUUGGUUUAGCUGCAAGUCCUUCAUUUGAAAUGGGCCAAAUUUGUCAGCUUUCGUAUCUGUGCUAUUUACUGCUGGCUGAAAUUUUGUUGCUGGAGCGAGUACGAAAACGGGCAAAAAUGAUCCUCCCAGGUUUCCUUUUAUUUUUCAUUCCUUUUUAAAUGAUCCUCCCAGGUUUCCUUUUAUUUUUCAUUCCUUUUUCUGUUUCUUGUCUAUGGAAGUUCAUCGGAUUCACUAGGAGC